CGGCAGCGCCGCGGCGGGAGCGGCCAUGGCGGAGCGGGGCCGGGGCUGGGCCCGGGCCGUGCGGGGGCUGCUGCUCGAUGUCAGCGGCGUUCUCUACGACAGCGGCGCCGGCGGCGGCGUCCCCAUCGCGGGCUCGGUCGAGGCCGUGCGCAGGAUCAAAGCCUCUGGGCUGAAGCUGCAGCUGUGCACCAACGAGACGCAGGCGACGCGGGAGAGUUUCGUGAGGAAGCUGCGGGCGCUGGGCUUCGACAUCUCGGUGUCGCAGGUGACAGCGCCGGCCCCGGCCGCCUGUCACCUGCUGAGGGAGCGCGGCCUGAGGCCACACCUGCUGGUGCACCACGAUCUUGUCCCUGAAUUUGCUGAGAUUGAUAAGACAAACCCAAACUGUGUGGUUCUUGGAGAUGCAGCAGAGAACUUCACCUACGCCAACCUUAAUGAGGCUUUCCGACUUCUGAUUGGGAUGGAGAAGCCUGUUUUGAUCUCCCUUGGAAAAGGACGCUACUAUAAAGAAACUGAUGGGCUGAAACUUGAUGUUGGAGCAUAUAUGAAGGCACUGGAGUAUGCUUGUGAUAUCCAGGCUGAGGUGGUGGGGAAACCAUCCAAAAGGUUUUUUGAGUCAGCCCUGGCAGAACUGGGAGUUCCACCAGAGCAGGCCAUCAUGAUCGGGGAUGACAUUGUGAAUGAUGUCGGGGGAGCCCAGCAGUGCGGGAUGCGAGCGCUGCAGGUGCGGACGGGCAAGUUCAGGCCGUCUGAUGAAAACCACCCCGAGGUGAAGCCUGAUGCCUACGUGAACAACCUGGCUGAGGCUGUGGACAUCAUCCUGCAGGAGAUGUAAAUCCCAGCAGGAGCAGGGAUGAGCCCUCACAUGCAGCCCCUCCAUGGAUCCACUUCAUCCUCUCCCACCUCCAUCUCACCUGAAUGAACCCAGCCCAGCCUUGUUCAGGGUGGUGGGCACUUGCCUUCUGAAAUAUUUCACAUAAUGGUACUAAGAUGAUCUCCUGACCUCCCACCCAAGGGAACACCAAGCCUGCUGUCCUCUGGCAAGUCUUGACUGCCCUGCCCUUGGUGCCUGUGAGGGGCCUCAGCCUCCUCUGGGUGAUGCUGGGGGGCUGUUCCCCCUUUUUUAUCUUUGCUCACAUUGGGGAGGUGGGAAACAGGGAGCCUGGGCACCCCCUCCUGAAUGGAUUUACCUGUUUAACCCCCAUGUCCUGUGCCUUUUGGGGUCCUUGUGUGGAAUGGGGGAUGUCCUUGGGGGCUGAUGGAGGCCACCAAGCUCCUGUGUGUGCCUCAGGUGGCACAAAAGCCCUGGGGAGGGGACAGCCCCACGUGCCCUGGCAAGGCAGGAGCUGUGGUUCUGCCAGGACCAGCCCGUCUGGAGCAGCCCCAGGAGGGGGCACAGGAAUCAGUAACACAUUAGGGAAUAACUGCACCAUCCUGUCAGGAAUAAACCCUGUCCUUUGGAUCUGG